ACAUUUUGGGAGGAAAAUAAAAAGACUUGUUAAUAAUCUCCCUUUAGAGGAAGAAAGAAGGAACUGGUCUUACCGCGCUUCCACGGUUCUCUCAUUUACGUCCUCUCCGACAGAGACAUAGAGAGUUGAAACUGCCAUUUCUGCGAGGUGACUUCAUCUUCUUCCUCUCCUUCGUUUUAAGAAACUUCAAUCGUCAAGUUCUUGUUCAGGGGGCUUUGAUUACUACUAAUUGAUUUAUUUCAUUUACAUUAUGGAGGUAAACAUGGAGGUGUCUUGGUUGAGAGUUCUCUUAGAUAACAUCUCCUCAUAUCAAAGCAUAUCAUCCAUGGACACCUUAUAUUCAAACCCUGCUUAUAAAUACUACACCAGAGGAGAAGACAUAGCCAAGCUUCUUCAGCCUGUUCUUGAGAACCUUGUUGGCUCUGAUGCCUCUCCUAGCGAGUUACUUAACAACGGAUUUGAAGAGUUAUCUCAGUACGUUGAUGAACUCAGAGAGCAGUUUGAGAGCUGGGAACCUCUUUCUAGUAGAAUCUUUUAUGUUCUUCAAAUUGAAUCAUUAGCUUCAAAAUUGCGAGAAUCUAGUUUGGAAGUCUUUCAGCUGCUCAAACACUGCGAACAACACUUACCUGCCGAUCUUGUUUCACCAUCGUUUGAGGACUGCAUAGAACUGGUGAAGUUAGUAGGAAGAGAUGAAGUUUCAUAUACUAUUGAUCUCGCUCUGAUAGAUCAAAAGGAAGGUAAUGGACCCACUUCAGAGGCUCUAGUCAAAAUUGCUGAGAGUGUUGGUCUAAGAUCCAACCAGGAGAUUCUCAUAGAAGGUGUGGUGCUUGCAAGUCUGAAGGAGAACGCAGAGCUUACCGAGAAUAACACCGAAGCUGAGUUUAUAGAAGGAUUGAUCUCUCUUACAACACAAAUGCAUGAUUACCUUACCAACAUAAAGCAGUCUCAGUUAGGUUGUUCUGUCCCUGUACCUCCCGACUUCCGCUGCCCUCUAUCCCUCGAGCUUAUGACUGAUCCAGUCAUUGUGACAUCUGGUCAAACAUACGAACGGGCUUUUAUCGAAAAAUGGUUUGAUAUGGGACUCAUGGUUUGCCCAAAGACGAGGCAGGCUCUGUCUCAGACCAGUUUGACACCUAACUUCAUCGUCAAGGCAUUCAUUGCAAACUGGUGCGAGUCAAACAAUGUCAAUCUUCCUGAUCCAUUGGAGUUGGUUCAGUCAAGUCAGGCAUUCCCUCUUCUCGUUGAACCAGCUUCUGAUGAUGAGUGUGAUGAUUCUCAGCCUCUUUCUUCGGAGAGAGCUCCAUCAUCACCUAUGAAGAUUGGUGGAAACGGCCGUACGGAAUCUUUAGACGCUACCAAGUGCGAGAAGCUGCGUCAGGUGGUCCUAAGCAGGUCUGUCUCUGCACCAGGGAUUGUCUGCGAAGAAGUGGUUUCCAAAUCCGAAAGAAUCACUAACGAUGCUGCUGACACAUCAGUCUCUUCCAAAACCGAAACAAUCGUCAACGAUGCAACACCAUCAGUCUCCUCCAAACCUGUGUGGCGGCUUCCAUCAGGGAGGCAUUUCAACCACCCGGGGAUCAUACCAGCGACCAUAAGAGAAACCGGAAGCAGUUCAAGCAUAGAAUCCGAGGUUAAGAAACUGAUCGAAGAUCUCAAGAGCACUUCUCCGGACGCACAGAGAGAGGCAACAGCUAGAGUCAGGAUACUGUCGAGAAACAGCACGGACAACCGCAUCGUCAUCGCCAGGUGCGGUGCGAUCGACUCGUUAGUCGAUCUUCUCUACUCCACGGACGAGAGGAUCCAAGCGGACGCGGUGACUUGCUUGCUGAACCUAUCCAUCAACGACAACAACAAAUCAGUCAUAGCAGACAGUGGAGCUAUAGAGCCGCUCAUCCACGUCCUCAAGACGGGAAACCUAGAAGCCAAAGAGAACUCGGCAGCGACGCUCUUCAGCUUAUCAGUGAUAGAAGAGAACAAGACCAAGAUAGGUGAAGCGGGAGCGAUAGAGCCGCUUGUUGAUCUCUUGGGACACGGGAGUUUGAGAGGGAAGAAAGACGCGGCCACGGCUCUGUUUAACCUCUCGAUACACCACGAGAACAAGGCGAAAGUGAUCGAGGCGGGGGCGGUUAAGUACUUGGUCGAGCUGAUGGAUCCCGCGGCUGGGAUGGUGGAGAAAGCUGUGGUCGUGCUGGCGAAUCUUGCGACGGUUAGAGAAGGGAAGGUUGCGAUCGGUGAGGAAGGAGGUAUACCGGUGCUGGUGGAAGUGGUGGAGUUAGGUUCGGCGAGAGGGAAGGAGAAUGCGACCGCUGCGCUUUUGCAGCUUGCUAUGCAUAGUCAGAGGUUCUGUAACAGUAUUAUUAGAGAAGGAGCUAUUCCACCUCUUGUGGCUCUUACUAAAUCAGGAACAGCUAGAGCUAAAGAGAAGGCACAUAAUCUUCUGAAGUACUUCAAAUCCCAAAAACAAAACCAGAGGAGAGGCUGAUCUUUUGCUUGUACUACUACUAACCUAUACAUGUAUGAUACAUAAUAUACGUAUGUAUAUAUGUUGUUGUAUUAUAUAGCGAUUCUUAUGGAAAACCUAUGUGUAUAACAUGAAUCUCUAAGCUUAGAGAAUUGUAUACAAUUUUCUUAAUAUUAUUUCAUUGAAGAAAAUA